GACUACAACCAUCGUUUGGAGUAGUUGACACGUUCAGUAAUGAAAUAAAUAUACGCCGCGUCUCUCCAGACCGAGGUCAUACAUCACCUUAACACACCAAGCCCUGGUCGAAAAACACGGAAUUCAAGCGACACCAGAUGAGAGGUUAUGCAGGGGAACAAUGUCAGGCACCAAAUCUGCUGUCUGUCACGGCUGUGUGAGCUAUCACUAAGAAAACGUGGCUAGUUUAACGCAUCCUUUGCUCGUUUAAUUUGAAAAUCGGUAAUGUUCCGACGUAACUCCUGCCUCGAUCUCUGCUUCAUGGCUUUUUUCAGAGAUUACACUGCGAUAGCUCCGCUAAUGCCUCAAGGUCCAUUCUCCGCACCAAACAUUUACACCGACACUGCCAAGCCAUUAUCGUAUCAAUAGCCAGUUAGCUCUUGCUCUGCAAUAAUUCCACGAGUCAACUUUUCUUCGCAUUUAAUGCUGAGGGACGGUGAACGGAGCGCGCAAGGAUUUAGCCGGAGAGUAAAUCAAUUACAUGCGCGAUCUAUGAUCAUGCUGUGUCGUGGAGAGGCUCUGUGUUUUCCAGUUGACGAUGCCACCGGUACAACCUGCUGGCCUGGUUUGACGCCUGACGUUUGCAAGUAACGGCGGUGUCGUGUCAGAGACAACCAUUUGCAGAGGGAAACGCCACUUCCAAGAGGCAGACGACUCGCUAAUAAAAUCAGACAGUGGCAGAAGAGAGUGAGAAGGAAAACUUCUGACAAAUGGAUUGAAAACACUUUCGAGGGUUUGAGGUACAUCUUCUUUCCAAGUUCCGUGGAAUAACGGACACUUGCGAAACUGUGAUAGUAAAUGGAACAGAAGGAACCUUUACGCAGAGGAACAAGUUUCACAAUAUCGUGCGAUUGAGGCGAGGGAUGCAUUAACAAAUUUUCGUGUCGACGAAGCCACGGUGUUAAUGGCAUCGUUUCCCGUUCUGCAGGGUUUGUUUAAGCUAUCCCAGAGGAAAUUUCCCUUGGCCGUCCAAUGAAACCCUGCGUCGUCCAAUGUUUUUAAUUACACGAUGUUGAGAUCAAACCAUCAACGUGCGCCCAUGGGCUCGAUUCAGAAUUGAUCGCUGUCGCAUCAGGUCCAAGGAAAGCUGGGAAGGAGAGAGUGGGGAAAAAUUUCCCCGCAGGACGUCGGAGGACAGAACAUUCUACAUAACGUUUUGCAUCUCCUAGCUGAUAACCAUAACCAAGGGCACGUGGAACUACGGCUCUACUGAAAGAACAGCGCUCGUCUCUUAAUGUAGGCAAUAUAGCAAGAGGAAUGGUUGGUCUGGUGAAGCCCUGGUCCAUUUAGGGGGCAAAGGGGAUUUACCCCUUCCGAAAACUUUCAAAUCUUCUCCUAUUUUUUGUAAAACAUGUAUUUAUGGGAGCCGAGAGGGAUAUUGGCAUCUUUUGUUGCGACACUCGGAUUAAGGUGACAAGGACGCGGUGGAAACAUUUGCCAAAAGGUCGGCUGAAGACAUGGCAAAUCCCGCAAAGAUCUGGAGACAUUUUAAGAUCCAGAUCUGGCCAAGCAUUCUGUUAUCAUCCUUCCUAUGGGUUGUGUUGCUGCUCCCCUGGAUUAAUGGCAUCGAUGUCACAACUGCGAUGCCAAAUAGGAAUAUUACAGUGAAUGACAGAUGCUGCAAUGGGAUCCUUGGAUAUGCCACAAAUAAUGCUGACUUUACAAUAGUGUGCUCAGAGAUGAUAUGCUGUAACAAUAGUGAGACUGUGGCUGUAGUUCCUGUGGAUGUCGCACUGGGAUUCAGUUUUCGUUGCAUGCCGAGGUCUGAAGUUCGCCAUUUAUGCUACCAGGCUGGUGGAGAAGUAAGGACAUCCAAUCAGGAUCCAGAUCACGCACCACGUGUCUGUUGUGAGGAUGCCAAAUUUGACAUUCUCUUGAAUCAGUGGGAUGCUGCUAUGGUUGUGAAAUGUGUCGCCAGGUAGCCAAAGGUGUGCCUCUUUGACAAAUGCUUGCAGUGGAAUGGUGUGAUGUAUGUGAUAGACUUCCAUUCGAAGUGAUGUUUGUAUUCUGUAUUCGGAUUUAGUACUAUUGGAGCUGUUACUUGCGUCAGCACAAAGGAAUAUUUUCUAUGAGUUCUCAAAGCUGCAGUAUCACUUUACCACAUCGCUUGGAUACACAAACCCUCAUCGCUGCACUCUCACGUUGCAUCAGAUGAACGAAAACGACAUUUAUGAAGGCGUAUGAAUAUGCGUCAUAUCACGGUGCGUGUGUCGCUUGUUCACCAAAAACUCAGUGUCACUUUGUGUGAGAGAGCUGAUCGUAUUCUUGGAUUGUAAAACGAACAUCGGGAUAAUAUGAAAAAAGCCUAGGGACUUUUGUAUUUUUGUGAAAAAGUUGAAUAGAACACGAUGAAGCACGAAAUAUUAUGUCAACCACGGAGGAAGUUUCAAGUUUGUGGAUUGUGUGUUCAUGAACUCGUCUUCAGAAUUAUUCAGUGCAUAUGGCAACACGGUUUUCUAUUGAUAUGUUUUGAACAGUGAUUUAUCAUAUAUUGCAUUCAGGUCCAGUGGUAUGUAUGACAUAUCAACCAGGACACUGUAAAUAUAGAUAUUUCGAUCAACUAUUGCUGUUUUGAAAUCUUGAUUUAACAAGUCUAUCAUAUGUGUGAAUGUCUCUGAAUCUUGUGAGUGAAUAAAUGUUCUUUCUACUGCU